AAUUCGAAUGAUGUCAUUCGUCUCAUUCCAGUAUACACUGGUGAAAAAGAGAAUUUACAGCGUUAGCUGUUUGAUAUUUCAUUAUUAUUGUAAAAUAUAUGCAAAUGAUGGAUAAUUAAAGUGAGAAAAACAGAGAAAAUAAGAAAACAAAUUGUGAGCGUUUGUUUUGAGUCUGCAUGAGAUACGUGUGCGUUGUCAUAGCAACGGCUGGAAUGACGUAGCGGCGAAAUUCAAUGCCCUCAGUCAUCAUAAAUGAAAUUCGAUGAUAUCGAAUAAUAAGUUAUCAGCAUGCGAAAAAAAUCCCCACAAAGCCACGCGCCAAACGAGCAAUAAUUGUGCGUUCCAAUAUUGCCGAUAAUCGGUCAAUUGAAAAACGGUCACAGCAAAUUCAAAAAAAAAAAAUUAUCACACUGAGUUUGACAUUUGAUUUCGCAAUCGCUCCACUAGAGUGUGAGCUUGCUGCUGAUAGUGUGUGCAUGUAUGAGUGUGAGUGUGCAAUGACAGUUUGACGAUAGAAACGAAACGAAACGAAAAAAAUUAAACGUCGCUGAUUAUUGUAAAUAUGAUUUUCGUUGUGCAAAUUCGUAUCUCUUGGAUUUUUUAGCACAAAUGAACCGAUCAAACACCCAAUCAAUUAAAAUAAUAUAAUUUUAGUGCCGACAUAUUUAUUUUUAAUUUUUUCUCUAAUUAUUGUAAGCCUUUUUUCCGGGUUGAAUCAUGAAUUUGAGCGGUGCGGUGAAAAUUAACAAAUGUGGCGUGGUAAUUUUAAGCUUUUGCCUAGUUAUUGUGUUUUAUUAUUUGUUUUUCAAUAAUUCAACGGGAUCACGUCACUAUCGACCGUACGGAUUCAUUAUGCGAAACCCGAACGAGAUUAAUUUACGAAAGUUACUGAUCGGUGGAAUACAAGCAGCUCAAUUGGGUGGUUUGGAGGUGCUUUCGGUGGCAGAUAAUAUCCAUGCGAAAAGCAAAGGCCAGACAAAAGAGGGUGCAAAUGAUCCUCUAACAAAUGCUGAUCUCAAAUCGCAUUGUGCCAUGGAACAGGGGCUAAAACGGAUUUUUCCGAAAGUGAAAAUCAUUUCGGAGGAAGAUGUGCAUGCCGAUUGCUCCGAAGCCAGUCACUUUGAGCUCGAUCCGACGGUCAUCGAUGAAGAUGUUCAUCUGCCCGAUGAAUAUCUGGUUGGCGCUGAUGAUGUCACCGUUUGGAUUGAUCCACUUGAUGCAACACAGGAAUAUACUGAAAAUCUAUUCCAAUAUGUAACGACAAUGGUGUGCGUAGCGAUUCGCGGUGAGCCCGUCAUCGGCGUAAUCCACAAUCCAUUUUCACAGAAAACAUUUUGGGCUUGGAAAGAUGUGGCUGUUUCGGCAACAUUGCAUAAAGUUCAAGAUGAACGCGUCACAAAGAUGGCAGCUGUUAGGAACCCAAAAAUCAUUGUAUCUCGAUCGCAUUCAGGCGAUGUCAAGGAAAUGGUGAAAAUGGCUUUCGGUGACAGCACACCAAUAACCAUUGCUGGCGGUGCCGGCUACAAAGUACUCGAAGUUGUUUUCGGCAAUGCCACCAACUAUAUUCAUUUGACGGAGAUCAAGAAAUGGGAUUUAUGCGCUGGUCAUGCCAUUCUCAGUGCACUUAAUGGCAAAAUGACAACACUUCGAAAUCAACCCAUUCCAUAUGAACGUGAUCCAGAGACAUUUGUGAACAAAGGCGGAGUGAUUGCAUCGCUACGGAAUCAUGAGUAUUAUGCUGGCAAAAUCUACGAUUAUCUACAGCAUUCGGAAAUGCUCAAAUCAAAGAAACCAUAAGUACUCAGUGGAUUUCUUUUUUUCUUUGUGAUUUAAAUACCGAACAGGAAAACAAACAAACAAUUUAGAUUAAGUGCUCUUUGAUUAAGGAACCAAAGUGGAAAAUGAUUGAACAUUUCAUUGACUGGUUUUGUUCAGUCGCUGAGCUGUGUAUGCCAUAAUUUAAAAAGAAGAGAAUUUUUUUUUAAAUCCGUGGUAGGGGAGAGAAUUGUAACAAAUUAUAAUUUGUAUGGCAGCUAACCUAUUCUAUUCAGUUUUUUUUUUCAAACAUUCGUUGAACAUAAAUAAAAAAUUGAUCGAAAUUUUCAUUCAAACCAUGUAAUAGAACCCAAUAAAAAAAAUCUGCACAAAAAGAACAUAAGUCAA